AUGAAUGCAAACCUAGCAAAUUUGGCAUCCAACACACUGCUUAUGUCUUGUAUGAUAUGGAAUGUACAAGGGGCAGGAAGUAGGGAGUUUAUGUUUGCUUUGAAGGAAAUAAUUAGAGUAAAUAAGCCGAAUGUGAUAGCUCUCGUGGAAACACAUAUAGGAGGAGCUCAAGCGGAGAGAAUUGCUAAUAUUAUAAGAUACAAUGGUCAUACUAGAGUCGAUGCUCAGGGCUUUAGUAGUGGCAUAUGGGUGUAUUGGAGAAGGGAAUUAGUCACUGUCGAACCAAUACAUAAACACAACCAAUUUAUUACUAUAGAAAUAAAAAGAGUGGAUGGUGUUCCAUGGUACUUUACAGCAGUAUAUGGCAGCCCAGACCCCUCGAAAAGACAAGAACUAUGGAGAGAGCUCAAAGACUAUGCUGCAAAUCACAAUGUUCCUUGGAUGUUAGCAGAGGAUUUUAAUGAUACGAGGUUUCGAUGGGAAAGAAGCUCUUAUUGUGUUGAAACCUCUAGAAGAGCUGCUCGAUUUAAUGAAUGGGUGGAAGAUGUUGGCUUAUUGGAAAUUGAAUUUAGUGGUGCAUCACAUACUUGGUCUAGAGGGAACUCGGUUGACACUUGGCAGAGUUCAAGACUCGACCGUGCCCGCUCUUUGCAAUGGAGAAUGGAGUCUAAGGUUCCCCAAUGCUUCGAUGAAACACUUUCUCGCAAUCCAAUCAGAUCACUAUCCGAUAAUUAUUGCUCCAAACGGGUUUGCUCCUUUAUCAAAAAUUAA